GACCACCUCGCCCGUCUCUCUCUCUCUCUCUCAGCCUCAGAAAGCUCUUGCCACGUGUUCUCCACUACUCCACUAACCGAAAUUAAUGAACGGUCUCUGUACUCAAAGUCCUCUGUUGCCCACACAAAAUACUAUAUACUCCCGUUCUUUCACCUCCUAAGUUCUCCCUCAACAAGAAGAUAGAAGAAGAAGAACAAAGAAAGGGAUACCAAGCAGCACCAGAACAGAGAGAGAAUCAUAGUAAUUCCUUCAUAUUUUUGUUAAUUCCAUCUCAACCCUUUUCUCUCUUCUUCUUCUUCUUCUUCUUCUUCUAUUACUACUACCACUACUCCUAUACAAUACUGUGUCUCUGUUUUCCCAUUUUCUAAUUUAGGAAGACAGAGGAGGCUGCUGGAGUUGCAGAGCUUUUCUCAUCAAUGGCUUCCUUAGUGUCUUCUCCGUUCACCUUGCCCACUUCUAAAGUGGAACACCUUUCUUCAAUCUCCCAAAAGCACUACUUUCUUCACUCUUUCCUUCCCAAGAAAAACAACAGCCUGAGCAGUAGCUCGAAAUCCUCCAUGAGAGUGAAAUGCAUAGGCAAUGGUCUCUUCACCCAAACCACACCCGAAGUACGCCGAAUCGUCCCAGAGAAUAAUCAAGGCCUCCCCACUGUGAAAAUCGUCUACGUUGUCUUGGAGGCUCAGUACCAAUCUUCCCUUUCGGCUGCGGUCCGAACCCUAAAUAGCCAUGGGAGGUAUGCUUCAUUUGAAGUUGUUGGGUACUUGGUUGAAGAGCUGAGGGAUGAAUCAACCUACCAAACCUUCUGUAAAGAUGUUGAAGAUGCCAACAUUUUUAUUGGGUCUUUGAUUUUUGUGGAAGAGCUUGCUUUGAAGGUUAAGGCUGCAGUGGAGAAGGAGAGGGACAGGCUUGAUGCAGUCUUGGUGUUCCCUUCAAUGCCUGAAGUAAUGAGACUUAACAAGUUGGGUUCCUUCAGUAUGUCCCAAUUGGGACAAUCAAAGAGCCCUUUCUUCCAGCUCUUCAAGAGGAAGAAGCAGUCUGCGGGAUUCGCCGAUAGCAUGUUAAAGCUUGUAAGGACUCUGCCUAAGGUUUUGAAGUAUUUGCCCAGUGACAAGGCUCAGGAUGCUAGGCUUUACAUACUGAGUUUGCAGUUUUGGCUUGGCGGGUCCCCUGAUAAUCUGGUGAAUUUUCUGAAAAUGAUUUCUGGGUCUUAUGUUCCGGCCCUGCAAGGAACUAAAAUCGAGUAUUCGGAUCCGGUUUUGUUCUUGGACAGUGGCAUUUGGCACCCUCUGGCUCCUUGUAUGUAUGAUGAUGUGAAGGAGUAUUUGAACUGGUAUGGGACUAGGAUAGAUGCUAAUAAGAAGCUCAAGGGUCCAAAUGCUCCGGUUAUUGGGUUGGUUUUGCAGAGGAGUCACAUUGUCACAGGUGAUGAAAGUCACUAUGUGGCUGUGAUUAUGGAAUUAGAGGCAAGAGGGGCUAGAGUUAUACCAAUUUUUGCCGGUGGGCUUGAUUUUUCGGGGCCGGUCGGGAGGUUUUUUAUAGAUCCAGUGAGUAAGAAACCAUUCGUGAAUUCAGUGGUGUCGUUGACGGGGUUUGCUCUCGUUGGGGGACCAGCAAGGCAGGAUCAUCCAAGGGCUGUUGAAGCACUGAUGAAGCUUGAUGUUCCUUACAUUGUUGCGUUGCCCUUGGUCUUUCAAACAACAGAAGAGUGGCUGAAUAGUACUUUGGGGCUGCAUCCAAUUCAGGUGGCUUUGCAGGUUGCUCUUCCAGAGUUGGAUGGAGGCAUGGAGCCCAUUGUCUUCUCUGGCCGCGAUCCAAGAACAGGGAAAUCUCAUGCUCUUCACAAGAGGGUGGAGCAGCUCUGCACCAGGGCAAUCAAAUGGGCUGAAUUGAAAAAGAAAUCAAAGACAGAGAAGAAGGUGGCAAUCACCGUCUUCAGUUUCCCUCCAGACAAAGGAAAUGUUGGAACUGCUGCCUACCUAAAUGUUUUUGCUUCCAUCUUCUCGGUACUAAAAGAACUUCAGAGAGAUGGUUACAAUGUUGAAGGCCUUCCGGAGACUUCCGAAGUCUUAAUUGAAGAAAUAAUUCAUGAUAAAGAGGCCCAAUUCAGCAGUCCAAAUCUCAACAUUGCUUACAAAAUGGGUGUUCGGGAAUAUCAGGGCCUAACGCCGUAUGCCUCAGCAUUGGAAGAAAACUGGGGAAAACCUCCUGGAAAUUUGAAUUCUGAUGGAGAGCAUCUCCUGGUGUAUGGAAAACAGUACGGAAAUGUCUUCAUUGGAGUCCAGCCCACAUUUGGCUAUGAGGGUGAUCCUAUGCGGCUACUUUUCUCCAAAUCAGCUAGCCCGCAUCAUGGAUUUGCUGCUUACUACUCUUUUGUUGAGAAAAUUUUCAAAGCUGAUGCUGUCCUUCAUUUUGGUACUCAUGGUUCACUUGAAUUCAUGCCUGGAAAGCAGGUAGGAAUGAGUGAUGUUUGUUACCCAGAUAGUCUUAUUGGAAAUAUACCCAAUGUUUAUUACUAUGCAGCUAAUAACCCAUCAGAAGCCACCAUAGCUAAACGGCGGAGUUAUGCCAAUACUAUAAGCUAUUUGACACCUCCAGCAGAAAAUGCUGGGCUUUAUAAGGGACUCAAACAGCUCAGUGAGCUUAUAUCCUCGUAUCAAUCUCUCAAGGACUCGGGCCGUGGGCAACAGAUUGUGAGCUCCAUUAUCAGCACAGCUAAACAAUGCAAUCUUGACAAGGAUGUGGAUCUUCCCGAUGAAGGCGAGGAAAUCUCAGUGAAGGAACGCGACCUUGUUGUUGGAAAGGUGUAUUCCAAAAUCAUGGAGAUCGAGUCACGGCUUUUGCCUUGUGGACUCCAUGUCAUUGGCGAGCCUCCGUCAGCCAUUGAAGCAGUUGCAACACUAGUUAACAUUGCUGCAUUAGACCGUCCUGAAGAUGGGAUCUCCUCACUUCCAGCAACACUAGCUGAGACAGUCGGGAGAAAUAUUGAAGAAGUUUAUAGAGGGAGCAACAAGGGCAUCUUAAGAGAUGUGGAGCUGCUUAGGCAGAUAACAGAGGCAUCACGCGGAGCCAUUUCUGCAUUUGUGGACCAAACCACUAACAAGAAGGGCCAAGUUGUCGAUGUAGCAGGCAAGCUUAGUUCUAUCCUUGGAUUUGGUUUGAAUGAACCAUGGGUCCAGUACUUGUCAAACACAAAAUUUUACAGGGCUGACAGGGAUAAACUUAGAAAUUUAUUUCAGUUCUUAGGGGAGUGCUUGAAGUUAGUUGUGGCUGACAAUGAGUUGGGAAGUUUGAAACAAGCACUGGAGGGAAAAUAUGUGGAGCCAGGUCCAGGCGGUGACCCAAUUAGAAAUCCAAAAGUGUUGCCAACUGGAAAGAACAUUCAUGCACUGGACCCACAAGCUAUUCCAACAGCAGCAGCAUUGCAGAGUGCGAAAAUUGUGGUGGAUAGGUUGUUAGAGAGACAGAAGGCCGACAAUGGGGGAAAGUAUCCUGAGACGGUUGCUCUUGUAUUGUGGGGAACAGACAAUAUCAAGACAUAUGGGGAGUCAUUGGCUCAGGUUUUGUGGAUGAUUGGAGUGAGGCCAGUUGCAGAUACAUUUGGUCGUGUAAAUAGGGUGGAACCAGUCUGUCUUGAAGAGCUUGGAAGACCUAGGAUUGAUGUUGUUGUCAACUGCUCUGGAGUUUUUAGAGACCUCUUUAUCAAUCAGAUGAACCUCCUUGACCGGGCUGUGAAGAUGGUAGCUGAACUAGAGGAGCCAACAGACCAGAACUAUGUUAGGAAACAUGCAGUGGAACAGGCCCAAGCCCUUGGUGUUGGAGUUCGAGAAGCUGCAACCAGGGUCUUCUCCAAUGCCUCUGGCUCUUACUCCUCCAAUGUGAACCUUGCUGUUGAAAAUUCUUCGUGGAAUGAUGAGAAGCAGUUGCAGGACAUGUACUUGAGCAGAAAGUCCUUUGCAUUUGACUGUGAUGCUCCCGGGGCAGGCAUGACUGAGAAACGGAAAGCCUUUGAGAUGGCCCUAAGCACAGCUGAUGCCACAUUUCAAAACCUUGACUCGUCUGAGAUUUCACUCACUGAUGUGAGUCACUACUUUGACUCAGACCCAACUAACCUGGUACAGAACCUAAGAAAGGAUGGGAAGAAGCCCAGUGCAUACAUUGCUGAUACAACAACAGCUAAUGCCCAGGUUCGUACCCUUUCUGAGACAAUGCGGCUUGAUGCAAGAACCAAGUUGUUGAACCCCAAGUGGUACGAGGGGAUGAUGUCUAGUGGGUAUGAAGGUGUUCGAGAAAUUGAGAAGCGGCUGACCAAUACAGUUGGGUGGAGUGCAACUUCAGGCCAAGUUGACAACUGGGUGUAUGAAGAAGCUAACUCAACUUUCAUUCAAGAUGAGCAGAUGUUGGAUCGGCUGAUGAACACGAACCCAAAUUCUUUCAGGAAAUUAGUACAGACAUUCUUGGAGGCAAAUGGGCGUGGUUAUUGGGACACUUCUGAGCAGAACAUUGAGAGAUUGAGGCAAUUGUAUUCUGAGGUUGAAGACAAGAUUGAGGGGAUUGACCGGUAAAUUUAAAAUGUAUUUCCCUUGCUGGAGGGCAAAUGAAUGUAACCUCCAGGAAUGCGUAGAAUAUGAAUUUGUUCAUUAGUUUCUCACUGGGAUCUAUAUUCAUCUCCAGGUUUUGGCAACCCUGUGUUCUUGUAUGAUCCUCUUCCUUUUUUUUCCUAAAAGUUCAAGUUUUCAUCAAUAAAUAGUCUAGUUCUUUGGCAUCAUCAA